GACGCACCGCGCAGACGGGGAGGCAGACGCGGCGGCGACGAACGAGGAGGAACCGCCUGGGAAGUCGGUGUCCCGCUGUUUGUCUGAACGUUAGCUAAGCCCGAGCUCGUUCUCUCACGGAUAUAACCGACACACGCGCGCGCGCAGCGGAGAGGGGGAACAUUAUGGCGACGUUGGGACCGGAGUCGGUUCGUCCUCCUCUUUCCCAGCUCGGUUCUUCUCCGUCGAUCCAGACUCACGUCGGCAGCGCCAACCUGCCUCCCAACCGGGGCUUGGAGCGGGCGCUGGAGGAGGCUGCGGCCAGCGGCGUCCUCAACAUCAGCUCCCGAAAGCUGAAGGAGUUUCCCCGGACAGCCGCCAACCACGACCUGACGGACACGGUGGAGGCAGACCUGUCGAAGAACCGGCUGACCGACGUCCCCUCAGAGGUCUGCCACCUGGUCGCCUUGGAAACACUAAACCUGUAUCACAACUGCAUCAGGACCAUCCCAGACAGCAUCAUCACCCUGCAGUCGCUCACCUCCUUAAACCUCAGUCGUAACCAGCUGGGCUCUCUGCCGGCCUGUCUGUGUGGUUUACCUCUGAGAGUCCUCAACGCCAGCAACAACAAGCUGGUCAGCCUGCCAGAGGCCAUCAGACAGCUGCACAGCCUCAUGGAGCUGGACAUCAGCUGCAAUGAGAUCACGGCUCUUCCUCGUCACAUCGGCAGACUCAAAGCUCUGCGAGAACUAAAUGUACGCCGAAACCUCCUCUGUGUCCUGCCAGAAGACCUGGCCGACCUUCCUCUGGUGAAGUUUGAUUUCUCCUGUAACAAGGUGUCCACCAUCCCGGUAUGUUUCAGGAAGAUGAAACAGCUCCAGUCGCUCCAGUUAGAAAACAACCCACUGCAGAGUCCACCUGCACAGAUCUGCAUAAAGGGCAAAGUGCACAUAUUCAAGUAUCUGAGCAUCGAGGCGUGUCGCAGUGAGAAAAUGCCCGACUCGCUCUACCUGCCCGUCAUGGAGCGACUCAGCCUAUCACGGCCCACCACCGGCAGUGUGGAGGACAUGGAGCAGCAGAAGAAGCAGGACAGCGACUCAGGAGUCGGCAGCGACAACGGAGACAAGAGACUGUCUGCCACUGAGCCGUCAGAUGAAGACAGUCUGAGUCUCAAUGUGCCGAUGAGCCACAUCACAGAGGAGGAGGGAAUCAGCAAAGACGACUCCAGUGAACACAUCAGCUCCCUGACAGCAGACCCAAACUCCGACUCUGUCCGUCUGAUUGAGGAGAGCCCUACGGAAGCCCUGAAGGACCAGUUCAGCUACAGAGACUCUGCUCUCAGCACUCGCUUCGUCAACUACAUCAAGGGUCGGACAGCAGCAGACUUUGACGAACCCCUCAGGAUAGAAGAAGACUCACACUGGCAAACAGAGCAAACGUCAAAGGUCACAGGGGGCACAGAGCUCCACAUUGACAUGAUCAACCAGCUGAAGGAGGCUGUGGAGCUGCUGCAGGACCCCAGCAGAGUGACCGCGGAUCAGGACGAUCUGUCUGGAGUCCAGCUUUACCCGGUGGAGAUGGUCACAGUGGAGGAGUCACUCAAUGGGCAGGACAGUGAUGAUGGUGCCACCACACCAAAGCGAGACGACAGAUCUCCAGCCAGCGGACACCCAUCCUUCUCCAGCCCUCCGUUUGGACUGAAGCCCCGUUCAGCCCCACCCUCGCUGCCCUGCUCGCCCCCUCCUUCCUGUCUCGACCCCUCCCUCCUCUCACAGGCCUCGCCCCUCCGUAGAGAUACACCACGUAGCCAUGACGACGGAGGCAUGCACAGCCGCGUGUUCCUGCGGAGCCACAAGAGUCUGGAGUCUGUGGAUCCUCAGUUCACCAUGAGAAGAAAGAUGGAGCAGCUGAGAGAGGAGCUGGAGCUCAUGGAGCAGCUCAGAGAUAGCAUUGAGAGCAGACUGAAGGUCGUCCUUCCUGAAGACCUCGGCUCGUCUCUGAUGGACGGCGUCGUGCUCUGCCAUCUGGCCAAUCACAUUCGCCCACGCUCUGUUGGCAGCAUCCACGUCCCCUCGCCUGCAGUGCCCAAACUCAGCAUGGCCAAGUGUCGGAGGAAUGUGGAGAACUUCCUGGACGCCUGCAGAAAGAUUGGUGUACCAGAGUCUUCCCUCUGUUCGCCCUACGACAUCAUCCAGUGCCGCCUGCAGCCGGUUCGCGCCACGCUUCGGGCGCUGGUUGCCUUGGAUACGACCUCUCCAGACAGGAAACGGGAAGAGGCGGUCUCGACUCCAAACCCCGCCUCCUCCGGGGGUUCAGAGACGCCCUCAUUGGUUUCUGUCACCACUCAAACCCCGCCUCCCGCCUGGCAAAUCUGGGACCUUAUUGGCUCGAGCCUGGUUCACAUCCUCUGCCUAGUUCUGCUCUUUGUGGCCUAUAGUUGGAGUGAGCUGACGUAACCGUGACAACUGGCCUCCUGUCAAUCACCUGCUAGCCCUGUCCUCUUUCUGCCCUGGCUCCUCCUCCUUAUUUUUGCUGCAUUUAUGUCACAUGGGAAAAAUCAUGCUCAGAGUGAAUGAAUGUGCUGUAAUGGUUUUACAGAGCGACUCGGUGAAGAGAUGGGAACAUGCAGUUUAUCUGAAGCAUCUUAGUAAAACCAAGUGUGUGUCUGCCUGUGAAGUCGUGACGUCACGACUGAUGAAAACACUCUUAUCUGAGCUGCCAAAACGUAGUGAAAGCAGCUAGCUAAGGUCGUCUGUUCUCACCUCAGCCGGGUGGAGACAGCUGCUCACACCAGCUUUAUCCACCUCAGCACAGAGGGACUGACAACUGACACAUGAAGAGCAGGAAACACCCUGUAAAACCCACAGCUUCUAACAUUAGCUAGGUUAGCUGGCUAACAU